AUGAUCCCCUGCCUUCCUCCUGGGGGAGGAGAGGAAGAUCGGGAUAAAGACCCCGGUGACCAAGAAGAGGACUGCGGCUCUGGAGGAGAGUCUGGAGACACAGGCACCCCAUCCCACCCCACCCCACCAUACAGCCCCGAGCCUGGGUCCCUCUCAGCUCUAGCCUCACAGCUCCAUAGGGACCAAAUUCAGCCACCAAGUGCCAUGCUUCACUUUGGUCAACAGCUUCUGGGGGAUCAGACCCCAGUUCUCACCGAGAGCCUCAAAGAGGGCAGCCAGCCAACUCCCUGGGAGCCAGCCUAGGAAAAAGGAGCAGCAGGGAAUUCUGGAUCUGGUAACUCAAUCUCCUUCAGAACCAUCUGGCAUCCAUCCUUCUGUGCUGUGUUUGCUGCCCAGGGCCAUGACUCCCAAUGCCUAGCUCCACCUGCAGUAGAGGGGAAUAGAGAGAAGUCCCAGGGUGAUAAAGGUUCCCCAGCUCUCUGCUCCGAACAUUUCUUUUUCUCCGACCCUCUGUUGCCUUCCAUUACUCGGAUUCCCCUUGGCCUGGCCCAACCUCCCCAACAGAUCCUGAAGAAGUCUAAGCAGCUUCUUGCCCCACCCCAAAUAAUGUCAGCCUGGACACAACCAACCCCAGCUCCCAUCUUGACUUGGAGGUGUGGUCCUGAGAUAAAUGCUGUUACCUGCCUACUUGAGAUGAGUGGGGGUGGGGAUCCAGUCUUCCCCAGCCCCACCCACUCCGAAGCCCACCUAGCUAAAAGGGACCCUACCCAGAAACUGGCAGGAUCCCCCCCUUCCCCACUGAGCAUUCUAGUGGCCCCAGGGCCUUGCCAUAGGCCCUGCUACAGCGCCGUGGAGAGCCCCAAGCCUUUCUAA